AUGUCUUUGGAAUCAAGUAGAGGUUCCCUAGUCAGGGGUUCUUCAUCAAUUGCACCAUUAAAAACAAUACGGUCUUUGCCUGCUGAAAGUUUUUCCAUCACGUAUGAACACCUUGCGUAUCCACAGUAUUCUACUAAUCAUUUAAAUCGUUUAUCCGAAUUAGCACGUGGUUCCGGCAACAAUAGCAGCGAUAGCAAUCCUGAAAGAAAAAAGACUGUUUGUAUGGAGAAGUGCCGAAAAGGUACUAGAAAGAAGGAAAAGCCUUACUUAUUUCAGGCCCCUUCAAACCCAGGCGCCGAGCUUGAUCUUCGUAGUUUAUAUAUUAACAUUACAAAAACCCGAAACGAUGACCCUAGUCGGCGAAUCUCCAACAACGGAUCGGUGCCCCCAAGCAAAAUCUUGGAUUUUUUAUAUCUCGGUAGUGUGCUAGAUGCGCAAGACGCGAAGUUCAUCGAUCAGGAGAACAUCCAGUGUGUUCUCAAUAUAUCGAGAGAGGAAUACUGGUCGGUCGACAACAACGUCGUGGUCUACCCGUUCAAAAUCGAGGACACCUGCAAUGCCGAUAUCACGCCUCUUUUUCGCCCGACGUUUAAUUUAAUCGAAAGCAUGCGGCGGAAGUACUUUGAGGCGAAGGAGAAGAAACACGCGGUUUUACCGCGUGUUUUAGUGCACUGCCAUAAAGGCAUCAGCCGCUCCACCGCGAUCGUCAUGGCCUAUCUGAUUAAGCGAAACGGCUUUUCCGUCUCGGAGGCCCUCCAGUACAUCCGGCGUCGUCGGUACAGAGUGGAGCCCAAUGUGGGCUUUUUAGAGGCCCUUCGAAACUUGGAAAAUUCGAUGACCUCGACCGAGCGCACGCGAUAUCACUCCCAACAGAGUCUUUUAGUAAAAAACUUGGCCAGUACUACGACUGCGGGAGCUGUCUUUAAUUUCUUUGAAACACACUUUGGUUGUGUGCGGAGCGUCACGCUGUACGCCAAGUCCUCCUCCGCGGAGAGUACCCCAACCUUGAGUGAGGUUGAGGUCAUCCCCUCGGAGACCAGCGCGUCGAGCGCGGAAUGCGAUAGCCCAACUCCGAUAUCGGAUCGCAUCUCACCUGCUAUGCUCGCGCCCAAAGACACCCUUUGUUUGGUGUUUUUCACAUGCUUUGAAAAUGUUAAAUUUGCGAAGGAUUUUGCCGUUAGCCAUUCGUCCGUGAUGAGCGAGCUUGGUAGUUUACCUGGUAGACCCAUUAAGCUGAUUGUACCAGUUAGAAAUAAAUCACCAGAGAAUAAGUGUAGUACCUUCAACACCACCUUACCCUCGACCGAGCAUCGUGACUCUUUAUCAAGUGGCUGUGAAUAUAGCCUAGAGAAGUGA